AUGCUCUCAACACACCCUCCGAAACCCGAGGAGGAAGACGCGAUAUUCGCUACCGAGGUCGGGGGGGUGAAAAAGUGGUGGGCGGAGCCGCGAUGGAAGGGGAUUACUCGGCCCUAUUCCGCCGAGGAUAUUGUUAGCAAGCGGGGCACGCUGAAGCAGCACUACCCAAGCUCACAGACGGCCAGGAAGCUGUUUGAAUUGCUGAAUGAGCGGGCUGCGCAGGGGUUGCCGGUGCAUACUAGUAUCCCCACCCCAUCUCCCAAGGCAUGGCGGAAGGGAGGGUGGCUAAUGGAUAGGAGGUAUUAGUGGGCGCUAUCGAUCCCGUACAAAUGACCCAGCAAGCACAGCAUCUUGAAGUACUGUACGUGAGUGGGUGGGCUUGCUCAAGCGUUCUCACGACUACGAAUGAAGUGUCGCCGGAUCUUGGGGAUUACCCCUACAAUACUGUACCAAACCAAGUUCAGCGACUAUUCAAAGCCCAGCAGCUCCACGACAGGAGGCACUAUGACGAACGCCGGAGCAUGACCCCGCAACAGCGCAAGGAGAAGCCGUGGGUGGACUACCUCCGCCCGAUAAUUGCGGACGGGGACACCGGACAUGGUGGGCUAUCCGCCGUAAUGAAGCUAGCCAAGCUCUUCGCCGAGAAUGGGGCCGCGGGGAUACAUCUGGAGGACCAAAUGCACGGUGGCAAGAAGUGCGGGCACCUAUCGGGCAAAGUCCUCGUGCCCAUCAGCGAGCACAUCAACCGGCUCGUCGCAGCGCGAUUCCAGUGGGACUUAAUGGGUGUGGAGAACCUCUUGAUAGCGCGAACGGAUAGUGAGAGUGGGAAGCUCAUUAGCAGCACUGUCGACACCCGUGACCACCAGUUCAUCCUUGGCACGACCACCGGAACCACCCCUCUCAGCGAAGUCCUCCAAAGCCUCGAAUCCACCGGUGCCCCGGCGGAGGCCCUGGACAGGGCGGAGACGGCCUGGCUCACGCAGCACAAAUUGACAACCUUCGACGACGCCGUCAAGUCCGAACUCGCCAAACUCCCCGACUCCCAGGCAAAGCUUGAAGAGUACAUGCAGCACGCAUCAACCCGUAGCAACACCGUUGCGCGGGAACAUGCACGUGCACUUCUCGGCCGUGAGAUCUUCUUCUCAUGGGACCUCCCCCGCACGCGGGAGGGCUACUACCACUACUCCGCCGGCCUCCCCGCUGCCAUAAAGCGCACACAGGCCUUCGCACCCUAUUCGGACCUACUCUGGCUUGAGACCAAGCGCCCAUCACUCACGCAGGCAACCUCCUUCGCCCGCACCCUCCUGCGCUCCCCUUCCUCCCCGGCCGCGGGCAAACACCUAGUCUACAACCUCUCCCCCAGCUUCAAUUGGCUAGCGGAGGGCUUCACACCCGAGCAGUUAAAAUCCUUCAUCUGGGACCUGGCGAAGGAAGGCUUCGUGCUGCAACUCGUGUCCCUCGCGGGAUUGCACUCGGACGCCCUCGCCACCUGUGAGCUCGCUGCGCGGUUCAGGGAUGAGGGCAUGCUCGCAUACGUUGACCUCGUGCAGAGGCGCGAGAAGGAGAUUGGAUGCGACGUGCUCACGCACCAGAAAUGGAGUGGGGCGAACUAUCUGGAUGGGGUCUUGCAGGCCGUGGCCAGCUCUGCAGCGACGAGCGUGAUUGGGGGGGACAGCACUGAGCAUGGAUUU